AGCGCAGCGCGCUUCAUAACCUGUGCGUUGCAUGAGGCGCUCUUGCACACUCUUUCUUCCCUGCUCCCAUACUUACCAGUUCUUCCUCGUCGUCUUGAAUUCACUCGUCAGCUGCAAACCAUACCAGAAACAAUGCCGAGACAGUAACUGUCUUGGUUAGCAAUACCGUUCUCGGCCUUUUUCAUUCAAGUUUCCCAUACCAACGCAUGUUUCGAUGUACAAGGCCUCCUGAGUGCUUGUACUUCAUGCUGGUAACGCGCUAGUCUCCAGAUGCAACAUUGUACUUUGACCAAAUAACCGCCCCGCCUCCCGAAUGACGAAUGUUGGACCGUACAUUGUCGACGUUGUAUUCAGAGUCCAGUUAAGCAUGGUUUUCGGGGUUCUCCCAUUAGCGAAGUCCGCUUGAUUGGACCCGGUUAUGUAGACCCGGUGAAGAUCUUAUUGUUCUCUAUACGAGGACCAUUGGCUGUUGUACCCAAGUUGUACACUACUUUCGACUGCAUAUUUUUUUUUUCAAAUGGAAGUAACAUUGAAGCCCGCGUUCCCCCACGAUCCCGGUUUUCGCAAAUUCAAACUACAGUACUCCAGGCCUUUAACUCUUUUACCGUGGUCCCACUCGUGCCUCCCUACCCCAAAAUUAUUGCAUGUUGUUGUGACAUGUGGUCAUUCCUCUUAACAAACUUACGUCCAAAUAUGGUAUUCCCUGUUUUGGAAAAUUCAAGGUAACCACCGAAUUUGGAUGCAUGUUUGCACUAUUCGUCUCUACCGUACACAAGGGGACGUCCAAAAUUGCGUACAAGGUGGAACGAUUGAGGCAUUUGCUCUUAAAGCUGAGGAAUGACCCCCGGUUGAAUUGAUUCCCUCCCACCAGCUGAAUCGAACCAUUGGGUGACUCCUUCGUACUCAAGGUUCCUCCAGCCCUCCAAAUCUUCACCAUGGCCUACCCAAAUGAAGUCUACACGACCUUCUCUUUAUUCUCUCUUAUUUUGGUGAUAAUUCCUCUUCCCUGGCAUUUGGAAGCAUGGAACACUGGCACUUGUUGCUUCAUGCUUUGGGCUGCCGCUUUAAACCUCAAUUUCUUCGUAAAUUCAAUCGUAUGGAACGGGCAAGUCCUCAACUUCGCGCCGGUGUGGUGCGAUAUUUCCACGGUAAUUAUCGUUGGGACCAACGUCGCGCUGCCCGCCUGUUCCUUGUGCAUAAACCGACGACUUUACCAUAUCGCUACCACCAACGCUGUCACUGUCACUCGUGCUGAGAAACGACGCGCAAUCAUCGCAGACUUCGCCAUUUGCAUGGGUAUCCCUUUCCUGAACAUGAUACUUCACUACAUUGUUCAAGGACAUCGUUUCGAUAUCUUCGAAGACAUUGGCUGCUGGCCCUCUACCUAUGUAACCUGGGUCACCUUUGUUUUGAUAUUUUCAUGGCCUCUCGCGAUCGCCGUUGUGUCUGGUGUGUACAGUGUCCUCACAUUGAUUUCCUUCAACAAGCGCCGCCGGCAAUUCAAAGAACUCCUCUCGAGGAACAACAAUUUGAACCCCAAUCGCUAUCUCCGCCUCAUGUGUCUUGCUAGUGUUGAUGUCGUCUUCACCAUACCAGUUUCCAUUUGGUCCAUGGCCAACAACGUCCGGCUUGGAGUACACCCUUGGGUUUCCUGGGAAGUCACCCAUCUCAAGUUCAGCAACGUCAGGUUGAUUCCUGCCUUGCUUUGGAAGGCCGAUCCUGUGCAGUCGAUCAACUUAGAGUUCACGCGUUGGGCGAUCAUUGCGUGCUCGAUUCUUUUCUUCAUGUUCUUUGGCUUCGCGGACGAAGCAAGGAAGAACUAUCGUGCAGCUGUAUCAUCUGUCCAAAAACGCGUCGGAUAUACUUCCACCGGUUCAAUGACGCUGACGGGUACUGGUACUGGCAAAUCAAUGACGUCUUCUUCCAACUCUACCACCAUGCCCGUCUUCGUGAGGAGGGAAACUCACAGAAAACGUGACUCCCUCGAAUCUUUUACCGAUGUCGCCUCCGUCCGUUCGGAAGGACGGGAUUUCAGGGAGAAGCAAUUCGAUCAAUCGUUUGGGACUUUGUCGCUCUCCGACGUUGGAGGUACUCUGGCGGAUACCCAAUCAUGUCCCUCGUCACCUGCAUCGUCCUUCGGCUCCGCGUCUUGCAUCGAGUCGCAGUACGAUAAAGACGAGCAACCCGAUAUCGAGAUUUCCUCGUUGAGGUACUCGAUUGCACCACCAGAAGCUGCGCAUCUUACGAAAGAUACCUCCGGCAUGGUGUAGAUCCCGUCUCCCUCCCCCCAUCCCUUAAUUCAUUGACUUUAUAUCUCUUUCAUACUUUAUAUCUCACUUAUACCCCCCUUUCGAGAAAAAACCCAUACGGUUUUUAGAUCUGGUUUUGUUUAGGGUCCACUCUGUCUCAAACCACACUACUGUAUCCAUAGGUCCUCUGUUUUCCUUACAAUUUUCCUUACAAAAUGACAAUGCUGACAUGACAACGCGAAA